AUGAGCGCAUACGAUGGAAAGAGUACAGCGGUGGCCACAGUUGGCGAUGCUGUGCCCGAAACUAAGAGAUCAUAUGGCACCCUGGAGCCAGUAGGGGAAAGCACCGAUGUGAAGAACCCAUUUCUGGACCCGGAUGCCGCAGAGUACUGGCGCACGGUAUACGAGAAAGCGCAAUACGAAUGUCGACAUGUAUUUGAUCCUUCGCUUACUUGGUCGGAGGAUGAGGAAAAGCGCUUGGUGCGGAAGUUGGAUUUGAGGAUCUGCUUGUGGGCUUGUGUAAUGUUCUUCGCGCUUCAAGUCGAUCGGGGAAAUCUUGUCCAAGCAGUUUCAGAUACAUUCUUGAAGGACUUGAAUUUGACUACCAAUGAUUACAACUAUGGAAAUAUCGUCUUCCGUUUAUCAUUCCUCGUUGCCGAGCUACCCUCACAGCUGGUGUCCAAGAAACUUGGACCGGAUCGGUGGAUUCCCAUCCAGAUGGUGUUGUGGUCUGUGGUUGCUAUCUCACAAUGCGCUCUGACCGACCGCAAGACAUUUUUGGUCACGCGUGCCUUGCUAGGUGUUCUCGAGGGUGGUUUCAUUCCUGACAUCGUUCUCUGGCUUUCUUACUUCUACACCAGCCGAGAACUCCCAGUGCGUCUGAGUUUCUUCUGGACUUCAUUAUCGGUCACAACGAUCGUCACGUCCCUUUUGGCUUUCGCAGUAUUCCACUUGAGCGGAGUACACGGCCUCGCAGGCUGGCGAUGGCUCUUCCUCAUCGAGGGCCUGAUUACCCUUGCCAUCGGACUCUCCUCGUUCUUCAUGAUGCCGGCAUCAGUAGUUCAAACGAAGACCUGGUUCCGGCCCAAGGGAUGGUUUACUGACCGCGAAAUCGCAAUUGUCGCCAACCGAGUCCUCCGCGAUGACCCUUCCAAGGGUGACAUGCACAACCGACAAGCCAUCACUCCCACUAGGCUGUGGAGCGCCGUCAAAGACUAUCACAUGUGGCCGAUUUAUGCUAUCGGUGUGAUCGCAUAUAUCCCUCAGUCCCCAGUGAACUCUUAUAUCACACUCACCCUUCGUUCCGUUGGAUUCAACAAGUUCAACACAAACUUGCUCACAAUCCCGGCCAGUGUAUUCCACAUUUUCAACCUUCUCCUGAUUACAUGGGUCUCUAGUCGACUCAAUCAGUGGUCCCUGGUCGCAAUGUUCCAGGCUAUUUGGACACUACCUUGCCUCCUUGCGCUGCGGUUCUGGCCCGAUGUCAUCUCAAAUGCUUGGGGCACAUAUGCUGUUGUAACAGUGCUAUUGAGUUAUCCAUAUUGCCACGCGAUUGUCGUUGCUUGGGUCUCAAGAAAUGCCAACAAUGUCGGAAAUCGCUCGGUUUCAGCUGCGCUUUACAACAUGUCCGUCCAAGCAGGUGAUAUCGCUGCGUACUUCAUUUACAGAGAUGACGACAAGCCAAAAUAUCGCAGAGGAAACACUGCUCUCAUUGCUAUCAACAUCCUCGCAAUUUUCAUCUUCAUUGGAGCAAAGCUGUACUAUGUGUUUGAGAACCGGAGACGUGACAAGGUGUGGAAUGCAAAGUCGGAGAGAGAAAAGGCUGAUUAUAUCAAGAACACUCGGGAGCAAGGGAGCAAGAGGCUGGAUUUCAGAUUCGCACACUAA